AUGGCUGAAUCUAGGGAUGAUCAAACCGACAAGGCUCACUAUGAUCCGCAGUGGAUUUCUUGGAAUGGAGGCUUUCUGCAUUCGAAUAAUGUCCUCUUCUACUUUGCAACCUCUCCAUUUUUUGACCAAGUGUCUGGGAACCAGUCAUUGCUGACUCAGUGGGUGGGCACUCCUAAUCAAAACGAUAUUCUCGGGACGCGACAGAAAUUUGAAUCCCAUCUCCGUCACCAAAGGGGAACUCAGUAUGUGGUUGAGCACGACCCACUGGAAUCCAAGGUCUUCAUCGAUGGACCGAAUGGCCGUGAGCCGUCAAAUGUAUGGGUCAUCCGCAAACAGCAUCGAGAGAACGACAGUGACAAUGGAGUUACACCCCUGGGAUACUACUAUAUUGUGAACGACGUGAUAUAUCAAGCACCGUCAAUUGCAAGUGUGCUGAACUAUCGGAUUCUCAACACUGUGUCAGCCUUGGACAAGGUCUUUACAGCACCAUCUGGUCUUUCUUUUUUCUCAGUGUCCCAUGGACAUACAUAUUACAAACCUGUCCAGAAAUCAACAAAACAGGCACUAGCAACCACCUCACAACAGAGCAAAGAAGACACGCCUCUGCCUGGGAUGCAACCCUCUGCGAGCGAUAAGGCUCCCACUACAACCACCGCGUCACAAACCCAAGCACAAGACGAUUUUGACAACAGUGCACGGACUCUGCGAGAGGCACUGCGGAUGACCCUACAGUACGGCAAAGAGUACAUGGAUGAUGUCCCGCUGGUGGGAGAGCCUGGGAAUUUCCGACUGAACAAGACGAAGGAAGGUGCGAAUAGCCUAUCCAAGAGCCAGGCAUCUGCCGCAGCAACAGUGACGCCGUGGCAAUCCCGAGCGCCUUCAGUCAUCCCAGCAUCUGCCGCUGGUGCCACAAGUACACCAAAUGUACCCAAGGGCACACUGGUGAGUGACAAGAAGGGUAAUUCUUCUACUCGAGGCAAACCGAAAAGAAGAAAGAGCAAAGCGGGCGACGUUAGUCCAUGA